UCUCUAGUGCAUAAGUCCUGCAGCCGAUGCUUAUCAUUCCCAGUCCUCACAACUACUAUAUCCAAUCCAUCACUGCAUCAGAACGACAAUCCUAUAGCACUGACGUAAAGCUACAUCUCACCCAUUAUACAUACAUAAUACGCAUCCAUCAAACUUACACUCAACCUUUAACCAACCCCGCCCCCGCAAUCUUAUUAUCAGCCUAAAUUUAACCUACACUUUCUCCACAAUGUCCCCGGAUGCGGGGAAGAAUGAUGACCACAAAGUUCAUUCCGCAUCAUGAAAAAGUUACCUUCAUCGCUGAAAACUCAUGUUUGUAAAAAUGAAGCCAUGAUAUGCAAUUUUUAUGCAUCUAGCCAUUGAUUUAUCCAGAGUCAUACUUGCAGCUUCAUGAUGCGUACAUCAUAAAAGCUUAGAACGUCCAGCAUAUGGAUAGAUUACUGUAGUAAAGAAAUACAAAUAUAAGCACUUUCCUGAUUUUUUCUGUCCUUUCUGCAAUUUCUCAUUUCUGCCUUUCUCUAUCGUGAAAAUUCAUAUAACAAAAACCUCACUACCAUGGCUGUUGGAGCUCCUGCUCAUGGGCUUCAUGAUGUGGCUCCCCAACGUCGGCAAAAGCUUACGGGUGCCAGUGGCCCAGCAGCUUUAGUUAAAAAUCUUCGUAUUUUCAGUAUUGCCUUGUUCGCUUGCAUUGGAGGACUCUUAUAUGUACGUGACUCCAUGCACGUCCUCAACCCAAAGAAGUCGAGUUGCAAAACUAAAUCAUAAUGUAUGAAAUGUAGGGCUACAACGAAGGUGCCUUCUCUGGUGUUCUCUCGGUCUCUCCAGCAAUACCGUCUCUCUCCUUGCCACCGGCGUCGUCGGCAUCGUAAUGUUCAUCGCGACCAUCCCCUCCGUCCUCUACAUCGACAAACUAAGUCGCAAACCCAUUCUCACCAUUGAUGCCAUUGGAAUGGCGACAUGCCACAUAAUCAUCGCUGUAAUCGUAGUGAAAAGUAGAGACUCAUGGGACGAGCAUAAAGCUGCGGAAUGGGCUGCUGUGGCUAUGGUUUGGUUUGUGUUUCCCUCUUCCUGUCUAUCCCUUCAUCUCCCUAGUAACAUCUUCUAAUCGAAUUCUUCACAGGCUCUUCUUGAUUCACUUUGGUUAUAACUGGGGACCUUGCGCUUGGAUCCUCGUCGCGGAAAUCUGGCCCCUGUCCAACAGGCCCUACGGUAUCGCUCUCGGCGCAUCCUCAAACUGGAUGAAUAAUUUUAUCGUCGGACAAGUAACACCUGAUCUGUUAAGCGGUAUAUCUUAUGGAGCCUAUAUAAUCUUCGGCUUGUUAACCUACAGCGGCGCAGCCUUUAUUUGGUGGGGAGUGCCUGAGACGAAGAGAUUGGGCUGUGAGUAUUCUUUUCUGGAUUUUUUUGGGUUGUGUCAUGUUGUUGACCGAUCUUCUUUUUUCGCAUCAAUGUUUUCACCUAUAUUUAUUAACUUUGCCUGCAUUGAAAAGGAGAAGAGAUGUGGAAUGAAAUGGAAACGAUAUUUGCGUGCUAAUAUUUUUAAAGUGGAGGAAAUGGACCUAGUAUUCGGCAGCGAAGGCGUCAGCCGUGGCGACAUUGAGAGAAUGGAAGUUGUACGCCGGGAGGUGGGAUUGGAUAUGAUUCCUGGGGAGAUGAAUACCAAUGGUGAUGUAUCCCCUGUGACAGAGAAUAAGAGUGAAAGAGGCGAAAAGAUCCAUGCGAUAUAGAUGAAUAUGGACGUACACUGACACACCGAAAUAAGUGUGUUCUUGUUCUGCGGUUUUAGAUUGUAAUGGUCAAGAAGGUGUUGGGAAGAUUUGAUAUAGGUAUUA